AUGGGCUCGGGGCGCGUGCCCGGACUCUGCCUGCUCGUCCUGCUGGUCCACGCCCGCGCCGCCCAGCACAGCAAAGCCGUGCAAGAUGUAGAUGAGUGUGUGGAGGGGACCGACAACUGCCACAUCGAUGCUAUCUGCCAGAACACCCCACGGUCAUACAAGUGCAUCUGCAAGUCUGGCUACACAGGCGAUGGUAAACACUGCAAAGAUGUGGAUGAGUGUGAACGGGAAGAUAAUGCAGGUUGUGUGCACGACUGUGUCAACAUCCCUGGCAAUUACCGAUGCACCUGCUAUGAUGGAUUCCACCUGGCACAUGAUGGACACAACUGUCUGGAUGUGGACGAGUGUGCCGAGGGCAACGGCGGCUGUCAGCAGAGCUGUGUCAACAUGAUGGGCAGUUAUGAGUGCCACUGCCGGGAGGGCUUCUUCCUCAGCGACAACCAGCACACCUGCAUCCAGCGGCCGGAAGAAGGAAUGAAUUGCAUGAACAAGAACCAUGGCUGUGCUCACAUUUGCCGGGAGACACCCAAAGGGGGUAUUGCCUGCGAAUGCCGCCCUGGCUUCGAGCUCACCAAGAACCAACGGGACUGUAAAUUGACGUGCAACUAUGGUAAUGGUGGCUGCCAGCACACGUGCGAUGACACAGAGCAGGGUCCCCGGUGCGGCUGCCAUGUCAAGUUUGUGCUCCAUACGGACGGGAAGACGUGCAUCGAGACCUGUGCUGUCAACAACGGGGGCUGCGACAGUAAGUGCCAUGAUGCAGCGACGGGUGUCCACUGCAGCUGCCCUGUGGGCUUCAUGCUGCAGCCAGACAGGAAGACUUGCAAAGACAUAGACGAGUGCCACUUGAACAAUGGGGGCUGUGACCACAUUUGCCGCAACACAGUGGGCAGCUUCGAAUGCAGCUGCAAGAAGGGCUAUAAGCUUCUCAUCAAUGAGAGGAACUGCCAGGAUAUAGACGAGUGUUCCUUUGAUCGAACCUGUGACCACAUAUGUGUCAACACGCCUGGAAGCUUCCAGUGCCUCUGCCAUCAUGGCUACCUACUGUAUGGUGUCACCCACUGUGGGGAUGUGGAUGAGUGCAGCAUCAACCGGGGAGGUUGCCGCUUUGGCUGCAUCAACACUCCUGGCAGCUACCAGUGUACCUGCCCAGCAGGCCAGGGCCGGCUGCACUGGAACGGGAAGGAUUGCACAGAGCCAGUAAAGUGUCAGAGUGGUCCUGGUGCCUUGAAAGCCAUGCUCAGCUGCAACCGGUCUGGGAAGAAGGACACCUGUGCCUUGACCUGCCCCUCCCGAGCUCGGUUUUUGCCAGAGUCUGAGAAUGGCUUCACCGUGAGCUGUGGCAUCCCCAGCCCCAGGGCUGCUCCAGCCCGAGCUGGCCACACUGGGAACAGCACAAACUCCAACCACUGCCAUGAGGCUGCAGUGCUGACAGUGAAACAGCGGGCUUCCUUCAAGAUCAAAGAUGCCAAAUGCCGUUUACACCUGCGAAACAAAGGCAAAAUGGAGGAGGCCAGCAGAAUCCUGGGGCCAGGUGGUGCCCCCUGCUCUGACUGCCAGGUCACCUUCAUCCACCUCAAGUGUGACUCCUCUCGGAAGGGCAAGGGCCGGCGGGCCCGGACCCCUCCAGGCAAGGAAGUCACUCGGCUCACCCUGGAACUGGAGGCAGAAGUCAGAGCUGAAGAAACCACAGCUGGUUGUGGGCUGCCCUGCCUCCGACAGCGGAUGGAACGGCGUCUGAAAGGGUCCCUGAAGAUGCUCAGAAAGUCCAUCAACCAGGACCGCUUCCUACUGCGCCUGGCAGGUCUUGAUUAUGAGCUGGCUCACAAGCCAGGCCCAGUAGCUGGGGAGCGAGCUGAACCAGUGGAGGCCUGUAGGCCCGGGCAGCACCGCUCUGGGGCCAAGUGUGUCAGCUGCCCGCAGGGAACGUAUUACCACGGCCAGACGGAGCAGUGUGUGCCAUGCCCAGCGGGCACCUUCCAGGAGAGAGAAGGGCAGCUCUCCUGCGACCUUUGCCCUGGGAGUGAUGCCCACGGGCCUCUCGGAGCCACCAACGUCACCACAUGUGCAGGUCAGUGCUCACCUGGCCAACACUCUGUAGAUGGGUUCAAGCCCUGCCAGCCAUGUCCACGUGGCACCUACCAACCUGAAGCGGGACGGACCCUGUGCUUCCCAUGUGGUGGGGGUCUCACCACCAAGCACGAGGGUGCCAUCUCCUUCCAAGACUGUGACACCAAAGUCCAGUGCUCUCCUGGGCACUACUACAACACCAGCAUCCACCGCUGUAUCCGAUGUGCCAUGGGCUCCUAUCAGCCCGACUUCCGUCAGAACUUCUGCACUCGCUGUCCAGGAAACACAAGCACUGAUUUUGAUGGCUCCACCAGUGUGGCCCAGUGCAAGAAUCGACAGUGUGGUGGGGAGCUGGGUGAGUUCACUGGCUACAUCGAGUCCCCCAACUACCCAGGCAACUACCCAGCGGGCGUGGAGUGCAUCUGGAACAUCAACCCCCCACCCAAGCGCAAGAUUCUGAUCGUGGUACCCGAGAUCUUCCUGCCAUCUGAGGACGAGUGUGGGGACGUCCUCGUCAUGAGAAAGAACUCCUCCCCAUCCUCCAUUACCACCUAUGAGACCUGCCAGACCUAUGAGCGCCCCAUCGCCUUCACAGCCCGCUCCAGGAAGCUCUGGAUCAACUUCAAGACAAGUGAGGCCAAUAGCGCCCGUGGCUUCCAGAUCCCCUAUGUUACCUAUGAUGAGGACUAUGAGCAGCUGGUAGAAGACAUUGUGCGAGAUGGCCGGCUCUAUGCAUCUGAAAACCACCAGGAGAUUUUAAAGGACAAGAAGCUCAUUAAGGCCUUCUUUGAGGUGCUGGCCCACCCCCAGAACUACUUCAAGUACACAGAGAAGCACAAGGAGAUGCUGCCAAAAUCUUUCAUCAAGCUGCUCCGCUCCAAAGUUUCCAGCUUCCUGAGGCCCUACAAAUAGUGUCCCUAGGCCCAAGACCCAGGUUUUGAAGCCCCCAGACUCUAGCCCUCAGAGCCGGCAGCCCCCACCCUCAGAUGAGGGACUCUCUCCAAUCUUGCUUUUUGGAGAAAAAAAAAAAUCUCCAUGUAGACCAAGCACUCUCCCUUUCUAUUCCUCUAGCUUCCUUUCCUUGUCUCUUUCUGCCUCGCUCUUUCUCUCUCUUUACUUUCUCAUUUCCUACAUACUCCCUGGAAAAGCCAUUCAGUGCUGACUCUAUUCUCCCAAGGGGUGAAGGAAUAGUAUCCCACUCCCCUCCCCAGCCACGCUGACCAUUUUACCAGCUCACAUCCCUGGCCCUAUCAGCUUGGAAGGGUGCUAGAGGUCCACGAAGGAAGUGGGUCUAGGAGGGGGAAGAGGAGCUUCUGCCGUUAUAGGUUGUGCCUUGCUAGUCAGGAGCCAGAAUGUCCCCUGGCUGUGCCCCACAGGGAUUCUAACAGCCCAGGGUUCUGCCAAAGAAGCCUUUGACUUACAGGCUCAAUGCCAGCACUCGUCCUCUGGGACACGUGGUUUGAGCCCUGGACUGCCCACACAGCCAGCUUUCCUGUCUACACAGCUCCUCUCCUUCUUCACCCACAUCUGCCUGGGGUCCGAUACAUGAGGGCUUACAAAAGGCCCACAUCACUGGCUAGUGGACACCAGCUGAAUGAGGAAGAGCAGCAGGAAUUACCACGUUGAAUAUGCUGCUGUUGUUCCCUGAGAGAAAGACUUUAUCUCUGCAGGACAGAAAACAGGUUCUAAAGCAUCGCCAAAAA